AAGCCUAAGAAUGUUUGGGUGAUUUGAGUGUGCUCAUUACAUUGCAUGAUUUAUAGUGGAACCUUGUGCUAGUCUUUUGAAUUAAUUUCCUAGCUUUGUUUGUUAUUGUAUUUCAUCCCUUAUUUUUUGCAACACCAAAAUUAGGAGUGAGCAUAGUUCCAGGGUAGAACUAGGAAUUGGACAAUUAGGUUUCAAGGUAUGCCAAAUAGUUUUUAAGUUUCAAAAAUUUGGAAAUCGAUUAUGAUGGAUAGAUUCCAAGUUUUAGGAAUGUGGGACAUAUCUUUGCGUUUUUCUUGUUUUAUGUCUUUAUGCAAUCCUGUGGUAUUCUAUGGUGAGCAUGUAUUUUGAAACCACUAGUAUAGACUUCAAUUUUCAGCACAUCCAUAACCGAGAUUUUUGUUUGUUAAUGUUUAAUAUUUUUUGUGUGUCUAAAUAUAAGUUAUAAUUCACUGCAGUGUUUCAAUUAAAAAUACUUGUAGAGGAACCUGGAUAUACCUUGAAACAAGUAAUAGGAUAUGUUCCAAAUUACAGACUAUGUAGGGUAGGUUUUGGGUUUUGUAAAUUUAGGAACUGAUUCCAAUGGAUAGGUUUCAAGUGGAAACUACACCAAUCUUGGAACCGCCCACCUCUACCACAAAAAUUCAGAUAAAGACCAGGAGUUAGAGCACUUCAUUUAAAAUAUAUUAUGUCCAUUGGACUCAAAAUUCCACACAGCAAUUUUUUCCACUAGAAACGACCAGGAAAGCGGCAACUCUACUCUUAAAAGGAAAAUUUUCCAGAUAAACUCUGCUGCUAUACUUCAGGAAUCGUUCAUCAUGCCAAUUCUCAUUGAAUUGCUGAUAAUUUUGAUCUCAACCUUGGCCCUGCUAUUGCCCAUCUUUCUCUACCGAUCACACAUAUCCAAAGACCAUCAUGAUGUGCCUGAAGCCGAAGGCGGCUGGCCUAUAGUUGGCCACCUUCCUCUGUUCAGCAGCAAGGACCUGAUGCACAAAAAGUUGGGCUCCAUGGCCGACAAGUACGGACCAAUUUUCACCAUAAGAUUAGGCUCUCAUCGAGCAAUCGUCGUGAGCAGUUGGGAAGUGGCUAAGGAGUGUUUCACUGUCCAUGACAAGGCCUUCGCCGAUCGACCAAUGAUCACCGCCACCAAACUCAUGGGCUACAAUGGUGCCAUGUUCGGAUUCGCUCCUUACGGGGAAAACUGGCGAGAGAUGCGCAAGAUAGCGACGAUCGAGCUCCUUUCGAACCACCGGCUUGACUCGCUAAAGCACAUACGAGCUUUCGAGGUCGAGACAGCAAUAAAAGACCUGUUCAAGGCCUGGAUGGAAAAGGGUAGGCCCAGAAAUGGGAUCCCGGUGGAAAUGAAGUCUUGGCUAGGAGAUUUGAUUCUCAAUAUAUCGGUGAAAAUGGUAGGAGGAAAGAGAUACUGCGGUUCGAACGCUGACUGUGACGACGCCGAGGCAAAGAGGUGCCAAAGGUCAAUCAGGAGGUUCUUUCAUCUAUUUGGAGUCGUCGUGUUGUCGGAUGCGAUCUCAGGUCUCGGCUGGUUGGACUUUGGUGGUUAUAAACGAUCGAUGAACGAGACCGCAAAAGAGUUGGAUGUUUUGGCUCAGGGUUGGCUAGAGGAGCACAGAAGGAAGAGAUUGUCCCACCCCGGAGGCGAUGGAGAGCAAGAUUUCAUGGAUUUGAUGCUGAAGGUCAUCGAAGGUGUGAAGUUUUCAGAUUUUGAUGCCGAUACAGUUGUUAAGGCAACUUGUUUGAACAUGAUAAUAGCUGGGACCGACACUUUGAUAGUGGGGCUCACGUGGGCGCUAUCGCUGCUAGUGAACAAUCGCCACGCAUUGAAAAAAGCGCAACAAGAGCUGGACACCCAUGUCGGCAAGAACAGGCGUGUGGAAGAGUCCGACGUGAAGAAUUUGACCUACCUCCAAGCCAUCGUCAAGGAAACGAUGCGUUUCUAUCCACCGGUUCCGAUCAAUGGUCUUAGAAGUUCCACGGAAGAGUGUACCUUCUCCUCCGGCUACCGCAUUCCUGCAGGUACUCGUUUGCUGUUGAACUACUGGAAAAUACAGAGGGAUGAGCGCGUAUGGUCCAACCCGGACAGGUUCGAGCCCGAGAGGUUCCUCACGACGCAUGAGAAUGUGGAUGUGAGAGGUCAGAACUUCGAGCUCAUCCCCUUCGGCGCGGGGAGGAGGUCAUGUGCCGGAACCUCGCUGGCUCUUCACACAAUGCAUUUGACCCUUGCCAGCUUGUUGCAAAGUUUUGAAAUCGACACGGUCUCGGGCAAACCAGUGGACAUGACCGAGAGCCCUGGCUUGACGAAUUUGAAGGCGAGCCCGCUUGAAGUUGUGCUCAUUCCACGCCUUGAUCAGAAGGUUUAUGAAAGAGACGAGUAAGAGAAAGUGGAGUCUCUUGACUAUCGUUAGCACUUUAUUAUGGGGAGAGCCACAAGCU